CACGUCGCCCUGCAGUUAAGGCGUGGCGUUUGCGGGGGCACCUGAAGGAGACUUGCGGACACCCUGACGGUGUUUCUCCGGCGUUUGGGAGUUGCCGCAACCCACACUGCCUGCGUUCCAUGAGGAAGAUGCUCGCCGCUGUCUCCCGCGUGUUGUCUGGUGCAGCCCAGAAGCCGGCAAACAGAGUGCUGGUAGCGUCCCGUAAUUUUGCAAAUGAUGCUACAUUUGAAAUUAAGAAAUGUGACCUUCACCGGCUGGAAGAAGGCCCUCCUGUCACGACAGUGCUCACCAGGGAGGACGGCCUCAAAUACUACAGGAUGAUGCAGACUGUGCGCCGGAUGGAGUUAAAGGCAGAUCAGCUAUAUAAACAGAAAAUUAUUCGUGGUUUCUGUCACUUGUGUGACGGUCAGAGAUGUGUGUUGUAUUGCUUUAUGCUUUCUUCCCUAACACAGGAAGCUUGCUGUGUAGGCCUGGAGGCCGGCAUAAAUCCCACAGACCAUCUCAUCACAGCCUAUCGGGCUCACGGCUUUACCUUCACUCGGGGCCUUUCUGUCCGAGAAAUUCUUGCAGAGCUUACAGGACGUAAAGGAGGUUGUGCCAAAGGAAAAGGAGGAUCAAUGCAUAUGUAUGCCAAGAACUUCUACGGGGGCAAUGGCAUUGUGGGAGCUCAGGUGCCCCUGGGAGCUGGAAUUGCUCUGGCCUGUAAGUAUAAUGGGAAAGAUGAGGUCUGCCUGACUUUAUAUGGUGAUGGUGCUGCUAAUCAGGGUCAGAUAUUCGAAGCUUACAACAUGGCAGCUUUGUGGAAAUUGCCUUGUAUUUUCAUCUGUGAGAAUAACCGCUAUGGAAUGGGAACAUCUGUUGAGAGAGCAGCAGCCAGCACUGAUUACUUCAAGAGAGGCGAUUUUAUUCCUGGGCUGAGGGUAGAUGGAAUGGAUAUCUUGUGUGUCCGAGAGGCAACAAGGUUUGCAGCUGCCUACUGUAGAUCUGGGAAGGGGCCCAUUCUGAUGGAGCUGCAGACUUACCGUUACCAUGGACACAGCAUGAGUGAUCCUGGAGUCAGUUACCGUACACGAGAAGAAAUUCAGGAAGUAAGAAGUAAGAGUGACCCUAUUAUGCUGCUCAAGGAUAGAAUGGUGAACAGCAAUCUUGCUAGUGUUGAAGAAUUAAAGGAAAUUGAUGUGGAAGUGAGGAAAGAAAUUGAGGAUGCUGCCCAGUUUGCAACAGCUGAUCCUGAGCCGCCUUUGGAGGAACUAGGGUAUCACAUCUACUCCAGCGACCCACCUUUUGAAGUCCGUGGUGCCAAUCAGUGGAUCAAGUUUAAAUCAGUCAGUUAAGAGGGUUAUACCUUCACAGGGCUACUAGAUAGCAGCUGUAAGGAACUCUGUGUGCUCUCAACUUGGUUAAGGAGGAAGAAAACCCAGAAAACUAGGCUUGUAAACUUCCAUUAAAACUAAAUAUGUAGAUUAAAGAGAUAGUAAUUGCAUGUGGUUUGUACAGUGUUGUAUUAAAAGAUGUUACUGAGUGCUUAAGCAUUUUAAGUAUUUAGUGUAUUAUAAAGAUCAUUUUCAAUUUAUAUAGGUCUAAAGUAUUUGACUUGGCUGUAUACUUUCAACAAAUUAUCUAGUUACAGAAAGUAUGCCGGGUCCCACCUUAUAUGGGAGCUCAUUCCCGAGGCCUACAGGUCAUCACUGGGCCCCUCACAGAGGCAUACUCUGGUUAACAACCCACCCCCAGGUAGUGUGCAAUGUUGGCGCUGCAGCCAUUCACGUGGACCAUCGUUUCUCUAGAAUAAGACACGAUAUUUAUUAUAACCAUUUUAAAUAAGACCACUUCGUAAUCAUUUCAAAGGCCUGAUAACUUAGUUUUUUCCAUUUAUACAUUCAAUAUAAAUAUGAAGCUAUUUUUUAAGAGUUACAUUCAUAUCAAACAUUAAUAUCAAACAUUAAAUACAAGGCAUGUUCAUAUCAAUUUUAUGUUUUUCACACUUUACUAUACCAGCUAAUUUAUACAUAAACAUCUACUGUUUUGCCUUUCCAGCAAGUGCUAUAGGGUGUACUAAUUUUUUCAUUGAAGUAAAUUCAAAUUAUUUCUAAGAAUUUCCUAAUAUUCUGGAUGUUAAAACUAAGGCUCACUGUUCUCACAAUGCGUACAAGUUUUAUGUUUAUAAAUAAUACGCUUUAAAAAAAAUUCUCAGUAAGGACAGUCUUUAAAACAAGUUCUUGAAUUGUUAAUUGAACAAUGUUUUUUGUGUGUGUAAAUGCAGCAGAAUUUGUGUGUACAUAAACAGAUGCUUUA